AUGGCAAAGGCUGCUGCCACCUGGGGAAAUCUUUCCCUAAUUCAGAGGCUUUUCCUUCUACUGAACUGUCUGGAGUGCCUGCUGCCCACCGAUGCUGCUUCUCUUUGCUACAGCUUCACUGUGGGCAAGUCAGAGUCUGGGCCAUGGAGGUACAAUGUCCAAGGCCAACUGAACAAAGAGACUUUUCUUUCCUAUGACAGUAACAACAACUGUCAUGCCUAUGGUGUUCUGGGGAACAAACUCAAUGCCACAAAAAUCUGUGAAAAACAGGUUGACACUCUGAAAGAUGGAGUGGACCUGUUCAAACAGCAAGUGGUUAAAAUGAAGGAGGAGAACAAAACAAUCAGAGAUCCCCUCAUUCUGCAGGCCAUGAUGUGUUGUUGGCAUGGAGUAGAUGGAAAGUUCAAUGGAUCCUGGGACUUUGACCUCAAUGGACACAAAAUGUUUCAUGUUGACUCAAUCACUGGACAAUGGACUGAAGUUAAUCCUGGAUGGAUGAAAGAGAUGUGGGAGAAAAACAUGGAUGUAGCUGCCUUCUUAAAAAUGACCUCGAACGGGGACUGCAGGUCCUGGCUUGAGGAGAUCAAGUCACACUGGGAAGAAAAGCUGGAGUCUACAGCCUCACCAACUGUUGCUCCAGAUGUGGAAAAGGAACCUUCAUCCAUGGCCAUCAAGCCCAACAUCUCAGCCCUGCUGAUGAUCCUCCCCUACUCCAUUCUUCUGUGGUUUUAG